AUUUCGAACUUUGUGCAAAUCCAAGUAGAACACUUUACUGCUUUAGUUAACGGUAUGGAGCAUAAAUUUAACUGUGAAGAGCCCCUAUUUAUAUCCACGGCAUUCCGCACCUCCCCCCUAUUCUCACACACUCAUCUUCUCUCCGUUGGCUGCAUUUUCCAUGUCCACCAUGCACCACCUCAAGAGAACAACAGUCUCACUGGCCCUUGUUACCCUCCUUUCUCUACUCUUGCUCCUUGUGAAGGCAACAGAAUCACAGGAAGCAAUGCGGCCACAUUCUCAGGAACACCUUCAAGCGGCUCACUCCACCUGCCAAGGAACACUCUAUCCUGACCUUUGUGUCUCCACCCUCGCUUCAUUCCCUGAUCUUGCCUCUAAAUCUGUUCCCCAACGCAUCUGCUCCCUCGUCAACCACACCAUGUACGAGGUCAGAUCCUCGUCCUCUAACUGUACUGGUCUGAGAAGAAAGCUCAGAAAUCUAAACCCGCUUCAACAGAGAGCCCUCGAUGAUUGCCUCCAGCUGUUUGAUCACACCGAGGAGGAGUUCAAAACCAGCGUGGCGGAUCUGUCACAGACACAGAUUGAUUCCAAGUGCUACCACCACUCGCUGACUCUGCUGAGCGGCGCAAUGACCAAUGUUUACACUUGCCUCUACGGCUUUGCCGACGGCGACCCCAAUGGACACGUGAAACGCUUCAUCCAGGACAGCUUGUAUCGGAUUUGCCACCAUGUUAGUAACUCUUUGGCUAUGCUCAAGAACGUGCAGAAGGGGGUGAAGAAACAGUCUCCGUCGGAGGCAUUCCCGGAGGACGGCAAAAUGAAGCAUGGCUUCCCGUCAUGGCUCACCUCCAAAGACAGAAAGCUUCUUCAAGCUGCUGUUAAUGAAACCAAGUUCGAUCUGGUGGUGGCCAAAGAUGGCUCCGGCAAUUUCACCACUAUUGGGGAAGCAGUAGCUGCGGCCCCCAACUCCACCAAAACCAGGUUUGUGAUCCACAUAAAAGCUGGGGCUUACUUCGAGAAUGUGGAUGUGAUCAAGAAGAAGACCAAUCUGAUGUUCGUUGGAGAUGGGAUUGGAAAGACGGUAGUGAAAGCCAGUAGAAAUGUGGUAGAUGGGUGGACCACCUUUCAAUCCGCUACUGUAGCGGUGGUUGGAGACGGAUUCAUAGCGAAAGGGAUCACCAUAGAGAACUCGGCGGGGCCCAGCAAGCACCAGGCGGUGGCCCUCAGGAACGGCGCCGACCUCUCCGCCUUCUACCGAUGCAGCUUCGUCGGCUACCAAGACACCCUCUACGUCCAUUCCCUCCGUCAGUUCUACCGUGAAUGCGACAUCUACGGCACCGUCGACUUCAUCUUCGGCAACGCCGCCGCCGUGCUCCAGAACUGUAACCUGUACGCUCGCAAGCCCAACGACAAUCAGAAGAACCUGUUCACGGCUCAAGGGAGAGAGGACCCUAACCAGAACACAGGCAUUUCCAUAAUCAACUCCAAGGUGGCGGCCGCGUCGGACUUAAUCCCGGUGAAGUCAUCGUUCAAGACGUACCUGGGGAGGCCUUGGAAGCUGUACUCGAGGACGGUGUACUCAGAAUGUUUCAUGGAGGAUUUGAUUGAUCCUGCGGGAUGGUUGGAAUGGAACGGGUCGUUUGCAUUGGACACGCUGUAUUAUGGGGAGUACAGGAACAGGGGUCCAGGUUCCAAUACGACAGGGAGAGUGAACUGGAAAGGUUACAGGGUGAUCAAUUCCUCCACAGAGGCUUCCCAGUUCACUGUUGCCCAGUUCAUUCAAGGCCCCGAAUGGUUGAACUCCACCGGCAUUCCCUUCUUCCCUGGUCUCGCCUCCUGACAUUGCACCUCCUCAUGCUUCGGAUAGCUUCCUAUUUAGUACUAUUUACUUUCAUCGCCAUUCUUAUGAUUUAUGAGCUAUUCCCCCCCCCCCCCCCAACAAGAAUAAAGAAAACAAGUCAUGUUCUUCAAUACAAUAAUUGCAUUGUUAAUUCUAAUGAGAAGGGCCCAUCUCAAAUAAAUUAUUGAGG